GCAGCCCUAGGAGAAGGUGGGGUGAUCACAACUGGACUGAAAGCAUGCAUUUUCUAUGGAUUUAUCAUGAGGACUUUUCACUUGCAGAUUUUGAUCAGGAUGAGCCUCCAGGCCCCACCCAGACUCCUGCAACUGGCGGGGCAGAGCCUGCUGAGGGACGAGGCUGUGGCCAUCCCUGCUGUAAAGGAGCUGCCAAGGGAGCUCUUCCCACAACUAUUCAUGGAGGCCUUCACCAAGAGACAGAGGAAAGUCCUGACAGCCAUGGUGCAGGCCUGGCCCUUCAUCUGCCUGCCUCUGGGGUCCCUGAUGUUGACCCCUGAGCUGGAGACCCUAAGAGCUGUGCUGGAUGGGCUGGAUGUGCUGCUGGCCCAGAAGGUUCGCCCCAGUGGGUGGAAGCUGCAAGUGCUGGAUUUACGGGAAGUUGAUGAGAACUUCUGGAGUGUGUGGUCUGGAGCCCCUGUGAGUUCCUCACUGGCCAUGAGUCAGAGGCAAACAGGGGAGGACUGUCCAUGCACAGGAAGGCAGGGAUGCCUGAAGGUGGUAGUAGAUUUCUGUUUUGGCUUCCCCGACAUUGUCCUACAGGAAUUUCUCAUGCAUGUCUGUGAAUGGGCCCAGCAGAGGAAGGAGUUAGUACACCUGUGCUGUAAGCAGUUGGUCCUUUCUGUAAGGUACGUCAAUGAAGUCAGAAAGUUUUUAGAAAUGAUGGACCUGAACUGUAUCCAGGACAUUGAAGUGCACACCUACCGGGAGAUGGAUAGUCUAGAACAAUUUCUCCCUUAUCUUAUCCAAAUGAAGAAUGUUCGGAAAAUCAUGUUCCGCCACUUCCCCGGGUGUAUCUACUGUUCACCAAGGAUAGGGGCAGAGAUCAUGUGGGAACUGAUCUCUACAUUCCGCAAGCUGGACAAGCUCCAGAAGCUUCACCUGGACAUGGUGAAUUUCUUCAAGAACCAUCUGCAGCAGUUAGUCAGGUUCCUCAAGAACCCCUUGGUAUCCUUCACAAUAACUGGGUGCUGGAUUUCAGAAUCACAAAUGGACCGCCUGUUCCUGUCCCCAAGCAUUCAUCAGCUAAAGGAGCUGGACCUGACUGGCACCAUACUGAGCGAUUUCAAUCCUGAGCCCUUCCAAAUUCUACUAGAGGAAGUUGCAGCCACCCUGGAGGUCCUGAUCUUGGAGGACUGUUGGAUCACAGACUCCCAGUUGAAUGUCAUCCUGCCUGCCUUGAGCCGCUGCCACCAGAUCAUCAGCUUCAACUUCUGUGGGAACCAAAUCUCAAAGUCUGUCCUAGAGAACCUGUUGCGCCACACUGUCAGGCUGGAAAGGUUAAACUCAGUGAUAUUCCCUGUCCCCCUUGAGUGUUACGGUGAUAAUUUUGACCAUAUCUACUGGGAGAGAUUUGUCCAGCUUCGGGCUUGGCUAAUGGAGAUACUGAGGGAAACUCAGGCCUUGAGGAAGCCCGAGGUCAUUCUCCUCUGUACCCUGCCCUGUCUUACCUGUGGCAGCAGGGCAUCCUAUGACCUGGAGCCCAGUCCAUGCAGCUGUGGGAAGCUUGGAAGGGAACCAUGA